AUGACGGAGACGAAUCUCGACACGUCGCCGGAAAAAUUAGCCAAUAUAAAAAGGGUAAGCAUAAAGAACUCGGCUCGUAUACGCAUUUCGAAGAGGGUCAGUAGCAUUAGACCGAAACCGGCUAAUGCUCUAAAUGUGUCUGGUCGUGAUUUUCAGGUAUUGGAACGCGUAAAUCCGUUUGGAACAUUUCAGAUAUUUGCCUGUAUUUGUAUUUUAUUCGCUACAAUUGAAUGGGCAGGUAAUUACACAUUUGUGAGUGUUCUUGGCUCAAUUGAACCAGACUGGAGUUGUGAAACAAAACAUAAUCGAACCGUUGUUAUAAAGGCACCAACGGACGAAGCGCAGUGUCAAUUCAUCAAAGCGAAUUGCACCAAAUUGACCGCCAUUAAAUCUUCUGUUGAAUUCUAUUCACUGGUGGCACAAUGGAAGUCGAUUUGUGAUGAAAGUGAUAGACCAAAACUCGUACAACUUAUUCAGUCUAUCGGAGGGUUUAUUGGUUCAUUUGUUGGUGGUCACUUCGGUGACCAUUUUGGACGAAAAAAAUUCUUUUUCACUGGUCAACUUUGUGUCGUGAUAACGUCAGUGAUGGCAACGGCGACUACGUCAUGGUACACCUACUCGAUUUGCUUGGGUCUCAAUGCCAUUUUGUAUGGCUCUAUUGAGGUUCGCUUUGCCUCACAUUCUCGGCAAAUCAUCACGCAAUUGGCAAUUUACAACGAGCUCACAUCACCAAUUAUUGUUGGCUUCAUGCUCUUUUAUGAGAGUCCUCGAUGGUUGGUCGCUUCGAAUCAACUCGAAAGAGCUUGUGAGGUAUUGAAUGAUAUAGCGCAUCGUCGUUGGAAUAAUGCGAAUAUUAAGUUGACAACAAACGAUUUGAAUUUAAUUCCUCGAGAUACGACCAACAAAAGACCGUUCUAUAAUGUUUAUCAUUUAUUUUGCACCCGACGUCUUUUCAAGCAAACAUUCAUGCAGCUUCUGAGUAUGUUCACUUAUGGGCUGAUCUCGAGCACAUACUUCUUUUCGAAGAAAGGAAUGCAUGACAGUGCUAUAAUGUUCACGUUUCUACAUGGCGCCUUUCGAAUAGCUGUACCUCCGUUAGUCGUUUUUCUCGAUUUUAAAUUCUACAAUUUUGGACGAAAAAUGCAACUCGUUGGCUCCUUAGGUAAGCCAAUCAGUACGGUGUGUUUUGCAAUCGUCAUAGUUCUGAUUCUCCUCCACGUUCCAUACUAUCAUACCGCUGUCACAAUCUGCAUUGUGAUCGCUUCAAUGGCGAACGAGAGUGUAUUCUGGAUGAACAUCGUUCAAAUCACAUCGCAACGUUAUCCCACAGUCAUCAGAUGUAUCGCAUUCGGUUGUAUACACGCAUUCAAGCAUGUAGGAAUGAUAAUUGGAGUAUGGAUCAUGAUCCCACUUCUUUCGAUAAAUCCUUUGUGGACAUUUAUCAUUCCUGAAAUUUUCAUAAUCGUCACGAUGCUGUGCGGAAUUGCGCUGCAACCUGAAACGAAGGGAAAAGUGCUGACUGAUCGUUUGAUUGAAAGUCAUUUUGGACGGUUACAAAAUGAGAUUCCAAAAGCAAUAAUGAGGUGA